AUGGAGGAGUCUCCCAGGUUCAUUGUCGGGCAUCAUGACUCGAAGAGGCCUAUCCCGGUCACUGCGGCAACUAUACAGGAUGCCCAUGCUGCAAAUUAUGACAUGGUGACGAGCCCUAUCACAACACCUCACUUUCAUUCUCGAGUCUUGACACUGCUGUCCUCGUCUCUUUCGUCCCAUGCAGGAGGGGGCUUCACUAAGAACAGGAAUGCCUCGCCUGUCGUUGUGACGCCUCUGAAUCCAGCUGAUACUCCAUUGACUCCCGAUGAGUCUAUCAGUCAGAUCAUUGGAAUCACCAGUUCUUGGAUCGACCUGGGAUCACCCGACCCCAUCAUUGCAGACGUGUCUCGACAGGUCCUGCAACUGGAACUAGCAUAUGCUGCUUUUUGCGGAGUCAUCUAUGCCUUGAUACCUGGGCCCCGUCUCCGUGGCCACGGUGCAUGUGAUAGUGGAAUCGCCCAGUAUGCGAGAGCACUCGUGGAUGCGCUAGCACAAGCGCCCUACAUGCAGCUCUAUAUAUGGUUUCCUAUGAUCGACAACUCAAAGGAACAAGCGGAGCAGAUGGGUGACCUUGCUCCAUUUGCCCGUCAGCAAUAUUUGGAUCAAGAUGAGGCCGAAAGCAAGAGAUUGGAUUUAUUCGGAACCUGGGAAGCUUGGGACAUGAUUAGAUCGAUAUGUAAUUAUCCUUCUAGGUUAUGUGUAGCAUUAUCAGUACCAAAACUCCUCCCACCCGUGCCAAUCCAGUCUCGAUGGUACUCAGAACCCGUUCGGCUCAUCACCCUCGACAAGCACGUUUUCUCCACGAAUGCCAAAGGUUACCCUGUGCUGACACGCUCUCACCAAGCAUUCAUCUUGAGAUUUGCUCGACUCCGCACAGCACCAUGGUUCCUUCUUUGUGACGUUGGGUCAUUGGCGAGCAGCAUCACGAAUGGAUCAGUCGUGGAUGCCUCGACUGCCAACAAAGCCUUUCCCACCCUCGCCCAAGCAGCAGAAUCAAAUGGCCUUAAAGACGCAGCUCCGCAUCUCUCGUACAUGCGGAAUCUGCAGACCAAACAGCCUAUACAAACAGCCCUUGACCGCUUCGGCGCGGGAUACCAAGACUACCUGCAGGCGCCUCUCCAGCCAUUGAGCGUUAAUCUUGAGAGCAUCACCUAUGAAGCGUUUGAGAAAGAUCCAAUCAAGUAUGCGUGGUACGAACGCGCCGUUGCCCGGGCUCUGCACGACUGGAUUGAACAAGCCAAACCCACCUCGAAUCCUGAUGGACGGGUGGUGGUCGCCGUGGUGGGUGCAGGUCGAGGCCCGCUAGUCACUCGUGCUCUGAAAGCAAGCGAAGACGUUGGAGUCGAGAUUGACAUGUGGGUCCUAGAAAAGAACCCAAAUGCUUUUGUGCUUCUUCAGCGGCAUAACGAGACGACGUGGAAAGGCCGUGUGAACUUGGUGAAGUCUGACAUGAGGACGUGGAGAGGCCCGAUUCGACCAGCAACGAAAAGUGCACCUAAUCGAAUCUACAACACAGUGCCAGAAGAUGACACCGACAAUAAGGGGGUCAAACCAGACAUCAGCUUGACUCAGCCAUCAUCUACAGGUUCCACAACCCUCAACACAAUCGACCUUCUCGGUACGGCACCUGAAACCACAACCCCUACGCCUUACAAGAUCGAUAUCCUGAUAAGCGAACUCCUUGGCUCGUUCGGUGACAACGAGCUCUCUCCAGAGUGCCUUGACGGCGUGCAGCACCUUCUGAACCCGGGGCACGGUAUCUCCAUUCCAGCAUCGUAUACGGCUCACAUUACACCCAUUGCCGCGCCCAAGUUGUACGCAGACAUCAAGCACGGCAUGAGCCCAUCGAAUCCAAGUGCAACCGAAACACCGUAUGUGGUCAUGCUAAAUGCCAUUGACUACCUCAGCACGGCAACAACGGAGAAAGAUGGGCAGGUAGCAGAUUCACAACCACCACACACUCAAGCCUCAAGCCCGCCACCGACUUCAACCCCAGUAAUCCACCAGACAUGGGCCUUCUAUCACCCGAAUUCGAGCUUACCAUUACUCUCUCCCUCAACGGUGGGACCAUCCGUAAUUACGGAGCCAUCGCUAUCCAACGCUCAUAACGCCCGCGUGUGCACACUGACGUACCCUAUCCCGUACCGUGGGACAUGCCACGGGCUAGCGGGUUACUUCGAGUCUGUGCUCUACCGUGGUGUUGAACUGUCGACGAACCCGAACACGAUGGAUCACAAGAGCGAAGGCAUGAUCAGUUGGUUUCCGAUCUAUUUCCCCUUGAAGAGCCCCCUCUACCUCCCUGACAACUCCGAAUUGGAAUUGACCAUGUGGCGCAAGACCGACGACCGCAAGGUCUGGUACGAAUGGCUUGUCGAUGUGUAUGCCUAUCUUCCUGCUUCACUUGUUCCGGCCACUUCUCUGUCCCGGGCUCCCACGCAGAAAACAGGCACCGACGACAGCGGCAAGGGCAAGGAACGGGCAGCUCCGCCCAUCUCCGUCGAAUCACCCAAAGCAGGCCAGGGGAGUACGGCAGCAGUCCAAAAGGGCAAGAAGAUCCGAAUCGGAGGUAGUGAAUUGCAUUCUUCAGAGAAGGAGGCCUGUCUGAUGUAG